AUGCUCGACGCGCCCGCGAACCUCCCCCUCACGCCCGCCCGCCCUCGCCAGCCUUCGCUAACGCAGAGCGCUCCCUCCACACAAGCACCCGCCUCCGACCCCUCCUUCUCGCUGCUGCUCUCCCUCCCCCGUGAGCUGCGCGACCGCAUCUACACGUUCGCCCUCACCUCGCCCUACCCGUUCUGGUGGCCCGGCCCCGCGCCGAUGAAGCACAACGUCGGCGUGAAGCUGCUGCAAACGAACAAGCAAGUCUACGCCGAGGCCGCGCCGGUGCUGUACACAGGGAACAAGUUCCUCUUCACGCAUCCGAGUGACUGCAACAUAUUCCGCGUGGUAGCGUCUCGACAUGCUGAGAGUAUGAACAGUGUGUACUUCCGCAUCCGCGAAAAGGACCUGCGCCUCUGGACGACGUAUCUAGGGAGCAAGAGCGCGGACCGCAGCCUGAGAGCUGAUCUGCCUAAACUGAAGAAUCUGUGGGUAUUCAUGCGCUGUGGGGGGGCAGGCGCACCGCGUCUACUCGGGCAGCUAGGUGUCCAAGGCCUGGGCGGCGGUCCACAAGGGUUUGGUGGCGUAGGCGCGCUUCCACCGGCUAUGGCGGUGCAUGUCCACGCCGUGCAGAACGCGCUGGGCCAGCAGGUGGCGGCGCUGCAGCAGCAGGUGCAGCAUCUCAACCACGCCGUGGGCGUCACGGGGCCGCCGGUCAUCGUGCCUACGGGCGCGCAUGCGGGCCAGCAUCACCCUGCUCCGAAUGCGAAUCAAGGCGCGGCGGGAGAUGCGAACGGAGCGCAGCACCAUGUCCCUCCGCCGCCUCCUCCGCCUCCUCCGCCGCCAGCAAUGCCUUUCGCUACCUUUGCUACUUUCGCUGCCGGUGCAGUGCCGCACCAUCAUCCGCAGCCUCCGGCCUCUGCUGCGGCGCAUGGGCAGCCGAGCCACAACAUUCUUACUACGUUCCUGCGGUUUGAGCGUGAACUGGGCAUCGAAUCACUCUGCCUCAACCCGCAAGCCGGGAGGAAGCGCGAGGUUCCAGACGUCAAGAUCGUGUGUAUCAUGCGUGUUCCGAAGCCCGAAGUGAGCAGGCUGGUCAGGAUGUACCCGGAGGAAUUGACUGUGGAUCGCAAUGGGGAUGCGCGGACGAGGUUUAGGCGACUGCAUGGUGCGGAUAUAUGUGUGGAGAUUAGUGGGUUUGAGGGUGUGCAGGGGUGA